CGGAGUUGGAGGUGGGCAGAAUUUUUGCGUAUGCAGUCUCGUCAAAGGGCGCAGUUCGUUCUUAUGCUGAUGUUUGCCUUGUUCCCCACGCCUGAUCGAACUGUUUGGAUGAAAGAAAGAUCAAGCCACUGGUGGGAAUAUAUAGUGAAUCGGAAUUUUACGGAUGGAGAUUGGAUGGAAAAUUUCCGAAUGAAAAGAGCAACAUUCCAGUAUCUUUGCCUUGAACUUAGACCUUUUCUGGAGAAAAACUCCAACAGAAAAUGUCAUUCAGUAGAACUCAGGGUUGCAGUGACUCUCUGGAUAUGUGGCUCUGGUAUGGAAUACAGAAGCAUUGGUCAUUUGUUUGGAGUUGGGAUAUCUUCAGCCUGCAACAUUUUCCGAGAAACUGUGCAGGCAAUAGCCACCCAUCUUUCUCCUAAGUUCAUUCAGAUGCCUACUGGGAGAAGACUACAAAACAUUGUGGAGGGAUUUGAGGCCAAAUGGGGUGUUCCACAAUGUGAAGAGGCUAUUGAUGGAACACACGUGCCCAUUAUUGCUCCAAGCGAACACAAGACCGAUUACUACAACAGAAAAAGUUUUUAUUCCAUUGUCAGUCAGGUGAUAUGUGAUCAUGAACUAAGAGUCUUGCAUGUGGUAUCAGGCUGGCCAGGCCGAGUGCAUGAUGCCAGAGUACUAGCAAAGUCGAACAUCUUUCAAAAGGCAGAAAGUGGGACUUUAUUCCCCCCGACAAGUCGACUGAUAAAUGGAGUAGAAGUGCCGAUUUUGAUAUUAGGUGACCCUGCCUAUCCCCUCAAACCUUGGCUGUUAAAAACAUUUUCAGAGUUUGGUGUCCUUUCUCAAGCACAACGGAACUUCAACUAUUGCCACUCUCAAGGAAGAUUGUGCAUUGAGGGGUGUUUUGGUAGAUGCAAAGGGAAAUGGCAAAUACUUCAACAAAGGCUAAAUUUUGAAACUGAAUUUGUGCCAGUGCUGAUCCUAGCAUGCUUUACACUGCAUAAUCUUGUCAUGGUUCACAAUGAAGGCUUUGACCAGGAGUGGAUGGACUUGGUGGAGGAUGAUCGAAAUCAUAUUGGAUACCAACCAGGACAUGACAUGAGACAGUACGAUGCCAAAGCCAUAAGAGAAGCCUAUGUUCAGUAUUUUAACAACAGAUAAGGUGCCUGUUUUGUCCUUCAGUUUUCAGUCUUGAAAAAAUUUGGACCACAAACUUGAUAUAUUUUACCUAGUGCUAUGCUAUGGUUUGCAGCACACUGGUAUUUAAUAGGGAUGAGAUGGUGUCCUUUAAAUCAAUGUAGAGUUUUGGAGUUUGGAUGUUCAUUACUAGCUAUAGAGAAGUAAAGAAAAUUUGGGUUACGUGGUUGUAUCAAACACAUGGAAUUGUGUAACUCUGUUGUUUGAAGGUAGAUUUGUUUGAAGGUAGAUGUAAUGUUUCAUCACCAGUGUGUAAAAAAUUAAUUU